ACCGAUGAACUGUUAAAACAUCGCUACCAAACAUCUCCUCUGAGAGAUGGCGAAGUCUUCUUCUUCGUCUGGCCGAACAAACCUCGCUUCAUGCGCCGUAGCCACGAGCUUCAUCGUCCUCGUAAUCGUCGCCGCCGUUACCGUUUACCUCACCGUCUUCAGACCUAGAGAUCCAGAGAUCUCCGUCACUAACGUCAAGGUCCCGUCAUUCUCCGUCGCCAACAGCUCCCUUAGCUUCACCUUCUCCCAAUUCUCCGCCGUCAGAAACCCAAACCGCGCUGCUUUCUCUCACUACAACAACAAAAUCCAGCUCUUCUACUACAGAAACCGGAUCGGUUUCAUUUUCAUACCCGCUGGUGAGAUCGAAUCGGGUCGAACAAAGCGUAUGUCCGCUACUUUCUCUGUACAGUCGUUUCCUCUCGCGCCUUCUACUUCUCAAAUCUCCGCCGCCGAUUAUCAGCGUUCUGGAUCCGUUUAUGGAACCGGGUUAGUGGAGGCGGAUAAGCGGGCCGGGUCCACAGUGGAAAUAGAGUCGAAGCUGGAGAUGGCGGGUCGGGUUCGGGUUCUGGGUUUGUUCACACACCGAAUCGCAGCAAAAUCGAAUUGCAGGAUCGCGAUUUCCACGAGUGAUGGGUCGAUCGUAGCCGUCCGUUGUUGAUACCAGUCUUUGGUAUCAAACAAACAAAAAUGUAAAAGUGUUAUUUUAUCUAAACACAUGUAAAACCUCUCUUGGGUUCAUUUCUGAAUCCUAAAGUUAGAAAUUGCAAAUAUAAAUA